UAAAUCCCUUCUUAUGCCAUCAAAUCGCAACCUCUUCGAGUCCCUAAUCCGAGCCGGACUCUAUCUCAAUCUUCCAUACAUCGGUGCCCCAUCGUUGCAUUGAAGCCGACCGCCGUCCUCCAUCGCCUGCUAUAUCAUGGCUCCCAAUUCGGUCAGCGCUCGAAGUUCGUACUUUUCGCCGCCGCCGCCGCCCAUGAUCGGCCAGCCCCGAGUCGUGGGAGCUGCUCUCGUGAACUUGGGGAACACGUGCUUUCUCAAUGCGGUUCUCCAGUGCCUCACCCACACGGUGCCUCUGGUGCAGAUGAUCCGCAAGACGGACCACUCCGCUUCCCAUCAUGGUGAUGAUGCAGGGUUCUGUUCCUUCUGCGCCUUGAAAGCACACAUCAAUGGGUGUUUGUUCUUAUCACGGCUCGUCGUCUCCCCAACAUAUCUGGCUCAGAAUUUGAGCAAAAUAUCACCUCAUUUCCGGUUGGGCCAGCAAGAAGAUGCACAUGAGUUUCUCCACUCCUUUCUGGAUAACAUGCAUGCUCGCUGUCUCGGACGCACCGCCGAUGAUCGUCCGGCUUCGUUGGAGGAAGACAGCAUUGUUAAGCAGGUGUUUGGCGGCCGUCUUAGGAGCCAGCUGCGGUGUUGCAGUUGCGGUCACUGUUCGGACACAUUUGAGCCACUGCUCGAUCUCAGCUUGGAGAUUGAUAACGUGCGCAGUGUCGGAGACGCUCUGGAAUCUUUCACCAAGUUGGAGAGAAUUGAUGAUCCUGAAGUCAGAUUCACCUGUGACGGCUGCAAGGCUCAGGUGUCCAUGGAGAAACAGCUUAAGCUAGACCAAGCACCGCAAGUUCUCGCUCUCCAUCUCAAGAGGUUCAAGAAUGAUGGGAGCUACUCCAACAAGAUCGACGAUUUUGUGGAGUACCCAUUGGAACUGGACCUGAAUCCAUGCCUCAGCUGCCCUGCAAAGGAGGUCCAGUCAAAAUACGAUCUUUAUGCUGUUCUGGUACACGUUGGUUCCGCACUUUCUGGCCAUUACUUCUGCUACAUCCGUUCCUCUCCAAGUACAUGGCAUCAGAUCGAUGACUCGCAGGUGGUCAGUGUUUCUGAAAGCGAUGCGUUAGAGCAACAGGCUUAUGUUUUCUUCUACGUAAGGCGAGGCUCAUCAUGCUGGUUCUCAAACUUCAUGGAGGAAGAGAAGGCACUCGAUGUGCAGGCCGCAACUGGUACUUCCCCAGCAUCUGUUUUGGAACACGCAGAAAGAUACAGUGCUUCGUCUUCGGGUUCUGCGAAUGCUUGCAGCAGUUCAAGAGGAACCCCUGAGAGAAACGAGGAUGCCGGUCCAUGCAACAAUGCGUCUCCUCUCGGCCCGGUACCUGAUGGUUCUCGCGUUGCCAAGAGGCAAGCGUGCCAUGCAAGAACUCCCCCGAGGACAUUCAACCAAUGGCACGGUUAUGAGUCUGAUGAUGAGCCACCGGAAGACGAUGAAGACGACGAUUUGCUUCCGCUGUACGAGAUGGAGUUCAAGGCCACCAAGGGAGCCAGGAAGCCCGCAGCUGCAGGAAGCAUGAACGCGCAAUUUAAUAGACUGGUAAGAAGCAUGCCCAAGUCACGCAGAAAGCGAUUCGUGGACUGCAUCAAUUCGCAGCAAAAUUGUUCGACGAAACGACCACAUAACUCGAGACAGUCCGGCGGCAGGAACAGCAACGGCCUUGGUCAUCGGAGUCCAACAGCAGUGGAACCCUCGACGCCAGCGGACUGUCCUAGCCUCAGCCCUCGUUCUAUCAAGCGAGGCUUGUUCUAA